AUGGACCAAGGACGAGACUACGACGAACCUUCCCCGGGGAUGGAGAAGUUCUCCGAAGACAAGGUGAUACCCUCGGCGCUGGAUGUUGAGGAACUCAGCACGCGCUCGCUCGCUGUCCAAGAUCCUGUCUUGACCGCCAGAGGCUUGACUUUCGAUGAAGACACUGCUGGUGGUAUGGGCCGUCACAUGGGCGUAUUCAGCUGCACUAUGCUCAUAGUCGGCUCCAUCAUCGGAACCGGGAUAUUCUCCACCCCUUCGUCCAUACUUGGAUCUGUUGGAUCAGUGGGUGCAUCUCUUAUGCUAUGGGUCCUCGGAUUUGUAUUGGCGUCCUCUGGUCUUCUCGUCUGGUUGGAGUAUGGCACGAUGUUUCCUCGAUCAGGUGGAGAGAAGGUAUACCUUGAAGAGGUGUAUCAGACGCCUCGGUAUCUGGCCACUGCAAUCUUCGCCAUCCACGUGUUAUUGUUGGGCUUUAUUGAUUCAGUUAACACGAAGGUGUUUGCAAACAAUGUUCUUGUUGCGGCAGGGAGCCCCGCGGAUCAGUGGGCUGUUCGAGGGAUAGCUUUAGGCGUCAUCAUCUUUGCUACUAUCUUGCACGGCUUUACCCCAAGGCUCGGUGUCCUCGUCAUGAAUAGCCUUUCACUUAUCAAAGUUUUCCUCCUGCUUUUCGUUGUAGUGUCAGGUUUGGUGGUCCUAUCGGGGCACACUCGUGUCCAGGAACCUCAUGCAAACUUUCGAGAUGCCUUCGCUGGAAGUUCUCGCAGCAGUGGCGAUUAUGCCACCGCCAUGUUCAAAGUCAUCAAUGCAUACGGAGGGUGGUCGAACCUCAAUUACAUUCUUAACGACGUCAAGAAUCCAGUUCGCACUUUGAAGAUAGCAGGCCCCCUUGGCUUGGGCAUCUGCGCUGGCCUAUACCUCCUUGCAAACAUUGGUUACUUCGCUGCGUCAACAAAAGACGAGAUCAUUAACUCCGGAGUGACAGUUGCUUCGUUGUUUUUCAAGAAUGUCUUUGGUGUGCAGGCACAGCGUGCCUUGUCUGCCUUCGUAGCUCUUAGCGCUUUAGGGAAUACAAUCACUGUGACCUUCACCUCGUCUCGCCUUUAUCAAGAGCUAGCAAAGUCUGGCGUGCCGCUCCCCUUUGGCAAUCGAUUUUGGGCGUCGAAUUGGCCUACCGGACAAUCCCCUCUUCCAGGACUGAUUCUUCACUUGAUACCCACGAUCAUAGUCAUCAUCGCCCCGCCUUAUAGAGUGGUGUAUCCAUUCAUCCUGAAUGUUAAAGGAUAUCCUUCGCAGAUAAUCAACUUAUUCAUUAUCAUUGGCUUAUUCUGGUUACGAUACUCCAGACCAAAUGCUAUCAGACCAUUCAAAGUGUGGUGGCCUGUCGGCAUAUUUUACCUAGCCUGCGUCUUCUUCCCACCUUUCCUCCCCCCUCAAAAUGGAGUCGGAGAUACCCCUCCUAUACCAUACUACGUAUACUGCCUGGUUGGCAUAGCUGUCAUGUGCCUCGGUGUUGUGUACUGGGCCUCCUGGAGAGUAUUCCUGCCCCGAUUCUUCCACUAUCAAUUGAUUACCGCCAAGGAGACGCUGGACGACGGAACUGUCGUCACAGUGUUUAGACACCAAAAGACAUCUUGA